AUGUUGUCAAUUCUGCCCUUGGGCCUUGCCCUUCUCGGCACCUCGACUGUUCUCGCCCAGACCCCCCCUUCCUGCUCCCUGACCAACAAGUGCCCAGAGGACGCUCCCUGCUGUUCCCAAUAUGGCCAAUGCGGAACUGGCGCCUUCUGUCUUGGCGGUUGCGACCCCCGCAUGUCCUUUUCGCUCGAUGCCUGCGUUCCCGCCCCCGUCUGCCAGGACAAGAAGAUGCCUAUGAACUCGCUCGACAAGAUUGUCGAUAUUAGCAAGUAUUUGGGUGACCCGAGCAAGGCCGACUGGGUCGCACAGGGCGAGCCCGCGCUGUACAAUAAGGAGGCUGUGCUCCUGACCAUGCCUGCAAAGAGUGUCGGGACUGUCCUCGCCUCAACCACAUACAUGUGGUAUGGCAACGUCAAGGCCACCAUCAGGACCUCGCGUGGUCCCGGUGUCGUGACCGCCUUCAUCCUGUACGGAGACGUCAAGGACGAAAUCGACUACGAAUGGGUCGGUGCCGAUCUCGAGAUGUCCCAGACCAACUACUACUUCCAGGGUAUCCCAAAAUACGAUCAAUCAGGCAACAUCUCUCUCUCCGAUACAUUCAGCAACUGGCAUACGUACGAGAUCUCGUGGACUCCCGACGAAAUCCAGUGGCUGGUCGAUGGCCAGGUUGGCCGCACCAAGAAGCGCUCUGACACGUGGAACGCGACCGCCCAGCAGUGGGACUACCCGCAGACGCCCGCCCGCGUCCAGCUGUCUAUCUGGCCCGGUGGUGCCGACACCAACGCCAAGGGAACCAUUGACUGGGCCGGUGGCCCCAUCAACUGGGACAGCGAGGAUAUCAAGAACGCCGGGUACUACUACGCCAUGGUCAAGGACGUCGAGAUUAGCUGCUUCAACGCCAAUACCCCCCCGGGCACCAACAACAAGAAGAGUUACUACUACAACAACAUCAGGUCCACCAACGACACCGUUGUGGACAGCGACAAGGGCACCAUCCUACAGAGCUUUCUCGGCACCGGUCUCGACAUGGAUGCCGGCGCCACCACCGCCUCUGGCUCUGCUGCGAAGCCCACGGUCACCGCGGCCACUAUCCCCGGCGGUAGCAACGCCGGACCGGGCAACGACCACAGCAGCAAUGACAACAGCUCGCCAAGCUCAGGAGCUGGUUCCGGUUCCGGUUCUGGUUCCGGCUCGGGCGAUUCCGGCUCCGGCUCCGGAUCCGGGUCUGGUAGCAGCUCUUGCGGCGCCGGUGGCUUCUCGCAGGACUGCAACAGCAACGGCAACUCCGGUUCCAACAACACAAGCGACGGCGCCUGCCGCAAGUCGUCGCUUGGCGCAAGUGCUUUCGCCGCACUCGUGGCAGCCUCGGCCCUCUUCUGGCUGUAG